AUGUUAACGAGGUUUUUGCGUGCCGGUGAAGUGGUGGAACUAAGCCGGCACGCCAUGAAGCUCUUCACGUGCGCCGCCCUCUUCGGGCUCUACCGCCUGAUCGGCGCAGCCGCCCAGGGCCCAACUCUAUCGAGCUACGACCUACGUCGAUCGGAUGAGAAUAACCAGCUCGACGGGGAGGGGAGGUACAUCCCCAGGGAAGACGGCGAGACUUAUGCAGAGCCCAUCGUCGGAGAUGGUGUACACCACGGCCACUACGUCGAUGCCCGCAGCUACAACGAGCCGUCUGACAAUAACCUUAAGGGCAGGGCUCAGCGAUUCACCCGCCUCAUCACCGGGAAGAUUCGCAGGACGACCAGAAAGAUCAACACCCACAAUGACGGUCACGUCGUCCACACCACCCACACGUCUCGUAUGGUGCAUGCCCGCCACGACGGAACCACCGAGCCCAUGACAACGGAGUGGGAACGGCACAUCAGAGCGUUAAUGGGGAAGGACGGGUACUCGGUGGGUUCAAGCAGAGACAGCGACGACGAGAGUGCCCAGACGGAUAUGAGCAACCUGAGCGACUUCGAUGACAGCAACGAGGGUUGCAUGAGAACCAGGAGGACCUAUGGCGGAGGUAACGAAAGUAGGAUGGUAUACAGGGGAAGAUACGGCGGGUAUGACAACCUCAGAGCUGAUACCAGUGACAUGGGUGAAGACGUAUCGGGUGGAAUGCAAGAUCAGGACUCUAAUGAACCAAGCGACGCCACCGAGGACGUGGACCCCACGGUCAUUGCUGCCAAUCUCAAACUUAACUCCAGUGGUAAUACGGGAUACAAUGGCGACUCAUUUCUUGCAGAAAGGCCUAUGACUGACAUGUACGACAACAUGGAUGCCGAAAACUCGCCCUCCAAUGAGUGGUCUGACGAUUCCGCAGAGGAUGGAAGCUCUGAGCUAUCGAGCUCAUUAGACGGUUCAUUGGAGAGACGUCGCACCACGCGAAAGGCAAUUACAACUGCGUUCGGCUUAAAACGACGUGUUGAAGAGAGUCUAUCAUUCCACCGGAUUCGAUACAUCUACGUAUCUGAGCACACCCCACUGUGGACCCGGGUGCUGCCUUUGGGAGGCUACGUCAUACAGGAUGACGAGGCUGCUGAUGCCAUGACACGCCUGCGGAACUGCUACGAGGCCAAACGGCCGCUUCUAACGGACAACGUGCGCCGCUUGAAUUCGCUUGAUGCGCGACUAAAGCGGGUGUUCGCGUCCCUGAGGUUCCGCCUCGGUAUGGACAACAUCAAUAUCCCCUUGCAAGCCGGCUACCACCGGAUAACGAACGAGUUCAGGGCGGUGCACGUCAGGGCCACGGCAUACUUCAAGGGAUUGACGGCUGUUGUGAGCUACCUGCAGGGUCAAUACCGAUCCCCCCCGAGGAUGCCAGAGGGCAAUCAGGAAAUGGCCAGGCCCAUUACAGUCAACAUGGUGGAACCGGAACUUGACCGAUGCGUGCACGACGACAGCUACGGCACCUCCACGAGCAUACGCGCGUGCUUAGACAUGUGGGAAUUGUACGUGACGGCCGAUACUUUCGAAAUCGAAGCUAUGAUUGACCACUUGUGGCUGAACAAGUUGGAAACUCCUAUGGACCAGAUCCACGCAAUUGCGCUCAAAGCAUUGGCCAAGAUUGAGGGCGCCCUACAAGUGCCGCAGUGCCUCAACCGUCUCGAGGAAUUCGAAGGCGAACGUGAGCUGGAAGAUGCAGUCAAGAAAACUGGCAUCGCCCCCUUUUGA